AUGAUACACUUUACUUAUGGUUCUGUGCAUCCCACAGGCUGCCAGGAUGCGAUUGAGCUUCCACGUUUUACCUUCAACCCAAAGGAAGGGAUUGAUAAUCCAGGUCUGGUCAUCACUGACGAUUUUGAAUCAGACCAAACUCCUCUGCCCAAACUCUACCAGUUGAGACGUGUAGAGGGCCAGAAUUUUGGCUUCUACUUGCAGAAGGCCACAGAUAAGCAAGGCUUAGAGAUCACAGAUGUCGACCCAUGGAGCCCAGCUGACCACAGCGGUCUGACAGAGGGUGACAAAGUGCUGGAGAUCAAUGAUGAAUAUGCGGUCAACAUGGACUUCUUUAAGGUGGCAAGGAAGAUUCAGUCAUGUGGCUUACAUUUGUUUCUCCUGGUGCUGAAGAGAGAGGACUAUGACCAGGCAGUGUGUACAGGUGUGGACCUACAGAUGCUGGCUACAGCCUCCAAGGGAGGCCCUUGCUCUCGGCCCAGACUGUGUCACAUCAACCGGCACCAGCACUGUGGCCUGGGGAUGAACCUGAUCUCAACGGAAGGCCUAAAAGGACAAUGCGUACUGAGCGUAGGGCCUGGUGGUCCAGCAGAGAAAGCUGGAGUCACCAGCGGGGACAGAUUGGUCUGGAUGAAUGGUGUCGUGACAUCCAAUCUCACACACGUCUCUAUCAACAAAUCACUGAAGAAGAGUACCGACUCUGUGACCGUGCUGGUCAUUGACGGUGAAAGCGAGUCUCGCUAUAUCAGGAGGAAGUUGCCCAUCUUGCCUGUGCUGGCAGGCCACUGCAGUCUCCCACACUCAGCAAAGACCAUGCAUCUGGUUAAAGGACCUGAGGGAUAUGGUUUCCUGCUGAGGCAAGAGAAGUUUCCACAUACACGACAAAGCGUUCAUGUGAUUCGGGACGUGGAUAAAGGGAGUCCAGCAGAGGAGGCAGGAAUGGAGGAUGGAGAUCUUCUGCUGGCGGUCAACGGAGAACCAGUAGAGUUCAUGGAGCAUGACGAUAUUGUCAAAAGAGUUAGAAAAAGCGCUGAGAGAGUAAGCUUCACUGCUAUAUCUAUACCAGGGAGACGCCUCUUCAGAGCGCUCGGUAUUUCUCCACUGUUCUUUCAUGACGAAUACAUAGACCAGGAUGACCGUGUCCUAGGUCAGACCGGAAUUCAAACAUCACAGUGCAAAGCCACUGGCUAA